AUGUUGCACGUCCUUCAGUUCGGCGCGUGGCUCCUCAAACUGCCAUCGCGGAUUCCGGUGUGGAAGCAGCAGCAGACGGAACCGGCCGCCUGCCCUCGUGCCGCGGGAUCGCGCUGCUCCUCACGCGCCGCCUGCGCGGACAGCACCGACAACUUCGUGCGCGAGACGGAGAUGGAGUGCCGAGUGCUGUCCAUCCAGAGUCACGUAGUGAGGGGCUACGUGGGCAACAAAUCAGCCUCGUUCCCACUGCAGGUGAUGGGCUUUGAAGUGGACUCCAUCAACUCAGUACAGUUCUCCAAUCAUACAGGUUACGCGCACUGGAAGGGUCAGGUGCUGACGGCUGAUGAGCUCCAUGUGCUGUAUGAGGGAAUCAAGCUCAACAACGUCAACCACUAUGACUACGUCCUCACAGGUUACACCAGAGACACGUCUUUCCUUGAGAUGGUGGUGGACAUUGUACAAGAGCUGAAGAGGGCCAAUCCUAAUCUUGUGUACGUGUGUGACCCUGUGCUGGGCGAUCAUGGUUCAAUGUAUGUGCCUCAGAAUCUGUAUCCCGUCUAUAAGGAUAAAGUUGUACCAGUAGCAGACAUCAUCACCCCAAACCAGUUUGAGGCAGAGCUCUUGACGGGGAAAAAUAUCAGCACAGAAAAAGACGCAGUAGAGGUGAUGGAUCUACUCCAUAACAUGGGUCCAGACACAGUGGUCAUCACCAGCUCUGAUCUGCCCCCUCGCCUUGGAGACCGCUUCCUUGUGUCCCUCGGCAGCCAACGCAUUGUGAUGCCGGAUGGUACAAGCACAACCCAGCGGAUCCGAAUAGAGGUGCCCAAAGUAGACGCUGUGUUUGUGGGGACAGGUGACCUGUUUGCUGCCAUGCUGUUGGCCUGGACCCACCAUUACCCCACAGACCUGAAGACGGCGUGUGAGAAGACUUUCUCAGUCAUGCAUCACGUCAUUCAGAGGACCAUUUCCUAUGCCCAUGAGAUGGCAGGUCCUGGCAGAAGACCCAGCCCGGCUCAGCUGGAGUUACGAAUGGUUCAGAGCAAAGCGGACAUCGAGGAUCCAGCGAUCGUCAUGGAGGCCACUGUUCUAUAGAAACUCCACACACAUACACACGCACACACACACGCCCCUCCCUCUGCCCUCCGCCACAAUCGCACAAUGUAUAGAUGUUGUACAUUUUUUUUGGAUCUGUAAUGUGACAUUGCCUUAGAAAUCUCAAAACAGAGCACAACAUUUCAUUGGGAGGGAGGAAUAGCAGGGUACGGCAGUAGAGCGAGAGAAGGACGAGGAGGAGAGAACGCUGUGAUGAAAGAGAGGGAAGAGAGGUUUUUAAAAAAAACAUCUCUCUUUCUCUCUCUGGUACUUUUUCUCUCCAUCCACCUCUCCUUCUUUGCACUCAAACCCCUGUUUGUCCUGCACAUUGAACUCAAAGUCAAUGGAAUGGCCCAGGCAGAAGCAAUCAAACGCCUGUUUAUUUAAAUCCAGAGAAACUGCCAAUGCUGAAACAGGAGCCACUAAAAAAAGAGAAGUGAGGUCACUUAUUGGCAGAAGCUUAAGCCAAUAGUAUAAUUCCUGAAGGUUUAUGUUCCAGUUAAAAAUGGAAUAAAGUAGCUGAGAACCUUUCUUUAUGGUCAUAAUGUUAAUAUAUGGGUUUGACGAACCAGCUUGAAGAUUUACAGGAGCGAGUUUUUAAGAUGUUGAUGAGCUUAUCUUUGUGUGAAGGAAUCCAGCUUACGAUAUCUGUAUGUCUGAUUGUCUUACAUGGAUGUCUGGAUGUUUUCUGUGUCUUUUGCACACAAAAAAACAGAUUCACUUUGCUGCGUUGGCUGCUGCAAGAAUACAUAUUUUGUUGAUUUAUUUUUUUUGUCAUUGUCACGUCAUUUAAACCAUGUUUUUUAUUUCUCAUUUUCCUUUGAGUGUUUGAAAUGCGAGACUUCUGGCAUUUCAUUGUAUUAUCUUUAAAAUACGUCUUAAAUGUCAUUGCCACGGUCAUCUAAUUUCACUUUUAAAGAUUGUAUUUUACAAAGAUAGUAUAUUGUCUGUAAAUACUAAAUCUAGGUGUUUGCUCUAACAGUAUUUUACCUUUUUUAUUUUUAAUAAAUUUUCAUAUCAUAAUAGAGGAUGCUUUAAAGGAAUAGUUUGGCAAACAAUCUAAUUUACACAGUUCUUCCCUUACCGCAAAUGUAGUUGUUGAAGACAUGUUUGGUGCCUGAACUUUCUUAAUUUAGGCUCAUAGAGAGUCAGAAACCACAUAAGCAAGCCUGUAUAAGAUUACUUAAUACAAUUUGAGGCAAGCCUGUGGUUUUGUACAACGCUAAUUAAAGAAGUAGAAAUGCUCUAAAACUAAAGCAAACUGCAGACACCAAAUGUGUUGAUUGGACUACAUUUAAUGUAAGAAAUUUGUGAAAAUUUGAUUUUAUAAACUAUUUUAAAAGGAAAUUCCACUGAUUUUUCAAAGUGUAUGUUUAAAUCAGUGGUUAAGAUGUAAAUAGUCAUUCA